GUGCAUAACUACAAAAGUAUGAGCCGAAUAAGUAACGUCAGAAACCGUAUUAUACACAAUAGAAAGUAGGGAAAAAAACAAACCAAAAUCCGAUCAUUGGUUGGUAAAAUGCAUUCGAUUCAUUUCGAUUCCGGGAUAAUACUAUUGAAUUUGUUUUUUUAUUUUUCAUUCGUGUAGGUACCAUGUUAUUAUUUUGAACGUUUACGUGAAAACACGAACAAUAUCGACAAUGGGCACGUACGGCCGUAAACACUGGGUGGCGCGACGGGCGCCAGGCGCACGACAGGUCCUCACUAUCGAAACGAUCGGCAGCCGAAACGCGUAGUACCCCGCGCUCUCACCAUAUCCCGCAGUCCAAACACGCCGUGCAGGUAAAAUAUAUUGUUGCUACGUGUAUAAAAUACGUACCUAUUUCGUCCGCUCUGAAUAAUAAUAUUAUUUUGAUCGCGUUUUAUUUUUCGCAUUCACAUUAUUUUUCGACGGCCGCUUGAUAUCGAACCGGGCGGUUGGCAACACCGUCGACCAUUUAUCAAACGUUUGAUUAUAAUCAUUUUACGAAUGGGUAUCUUCUCGGACGACGACGUCUCUUCUACCCGCACUACCCCAACUACAUACUGCACGGUCCUCUCGUAAUGUUCGCCGUAAUGCUUUGAACGGCAUACCGAUAGUUUUCCUCCGCGUUGAUUCUGGUUUUUUUAUUUGUUUUUUUCCUUCCCGAUUUGUUGCAUUUCAUACGUUUUCUACGCCAAUAGCGUUAACGCCGCCGUUGCGAUUCCCUCACUAUCGUUUCGUCCGUUCGACUCCGACUCCGACAGUUCGUCCGUCUUGUUCCGUCUAUCGACGCACGCGACAGAACCUCAAUCAACAAUAAAUACAAUUACGACAGUGAUCUCUAGCUUAUACCGGGGGUAUCGUUGAUUAUAGUUUAUUAUAUUAGAUAGUUAUUAGAUAAGCUCCGUAAAGGGUACUUUUACAUAGUUGCACCUGUCGUCCGACGACUCUGCCACCGCACCGCGUCUCUUCUGUCGUCCCGCCCCCGACGUUUGUCCGUUUGUGCCACUAAGGUACACUUCGGUCCGGAAUCUCACUGCUUUCUGGUAUGGCUGCUGUCUGAACAUCGACAGUUUUUAAAAGUAUUGAAAUACGCAAUUCGCGGUGCCCGCCAAACGCGAACCGCAAUCGUUUUUACGACAUGAGAACAACGUCUGCCUGAGCGUGGGCCAUUUUGCCGCCGCGAUUCAUCGCAGCUAUCGUCAACACAUAGGACUACCACCGAAUAGCAGGUACACCGAGAUGUACGCCAAGGGAAAGGGAGCUACGGUGCCGUCCGAUGCUCAAGCCAGAGAGAAGUAAGCAUAUUAUACUUGACCACUAUAAGCACUACCUACUACUUGUCUACCAUACCCAAAAUUUAAUAAAUAAAUAAUCGGUAACUUCUGUACCUACUUAUUGUUUUGUAUACAGCACCAAGCUAUCUAAGAAAAUGUUCAAAUAAAUAACAUUUUUAUUUGUAUAUAUAACAGCAAAAUCCUUUAAUUCUUUUUCGGGAUUUACCUAGUCAAAACUAUAGAUUUCAAUAUAUAUAUAUAUAUAUAUAUGUGUGUGUGUACAAUGUAUCUUUCCUAUAAGUGUUACUCUUAUGAUAAAAUUUAGUAGCCGAUGAACAUGAUAGGUACCUAAUUAUUCAGGUCUAAUAUUUAUUGAUGAGUGUAUUGUAAUUAUUAAAUUAUUCAUGUUCAAUUGUUUAAAUAUGUAUAACUUUGAAAAUAACGUAAUAGAGAAAUAUAUCACUAGGUAAGUAAUUGGUAUGUACUUUCAACUUAGUAUUAAUUAUUAUAAUGUAUUAUUAGAUGAGUAUGUCAGAUAUACUAAUAUCUAUAUAAUAGAUUUUAUUAAACUAUAAUUAUAAUUUGAUCUAUGAUAAUCCUGAUGAUAAUUAAGUUUUGAUUUAAGAAAGUAUUGUAAACUUCUAUGUGGUAUUCUCUAUUGCUUUUCGAUAAAAUAAAAACUUGAUAGAUCACUUAAACAUUUCCUUACACUUAAAAGUUAAAUGCAGAUCGCUUGUUUCAUAAAUGUCCAGACCAAUAACAGUGGUGAGAACUAAUUGAUAUUAUCAUAUGGGUACAAUGCUUCUGUGUACACUACCUACCUAUACCUAUGAUAUUAAACACAAAUGGAUUUACAGUACUAAAAUACCUACUCAAAGAAACCUUGUAUAAAAUAAAUAAAAUACAAAUAAUGAGUUAAUUCAAAAUAUUAUAUCAUAUCAUAAAUUUAUUAGGCAAUAUUGUAGGCUAAAGUUUUGCUUACAUAGUAGAUAGUAUUUAUUUUAGAUUCUAUUAAGUAUGAUAUUUGUUUUUGUUAUUUUUUUCUGUUUGAAUAAUUUUUCUAACAGAAAUUUAACAUCAAUAAUCAACUUUAAAGAUGAUGGUGUCUAAUAAAUAUUAUUGUCUCGGUGCUAUGAGGUGGUUAUUUUUUUAUUUUUUUUGUAGUCUUAAUUAUAAGGAAAACCCUAGAAAAAACUUAAUAGUCAUUUGUUAGUUAAGGUAAUUGUACUGAAUUUGGUAUCGAUAUAUUGAAUAUAAGCAACUUUAUUAAUAUGUAAGUGUUUUUUGUAAGUGACAAAAAUUGUUAAUGGUCAUGGUAAGAUUAAAUAUACUUGGGUUAAGAGUAACACUAUAGAAAUAUAAGUAACAUACUAUACAAUGAUAACUAUAUGAUAUGAUUAAAAAAAAUUAUGGUGAUUCCCUGUAUAUAAAACAACAAUCAUGCUUAAAUGGUUUUUGGGCUUUCCUGAACAAUUUGGUUUAUGGAACUUAAGCCUUAAGCCUUCCUACAAUCAAUAUAUAUGUAUAGUCUAAUAAAUACAACUCUUUCCAGACAUGGUACCUACAAUUUUAAAAAAGCAUUCUGUCAAUUUUUCAGUUAUUUGUAAAUCAAAACCAUUUGAAAUUUUCGAGUUAUUUUAAAGUUUAUUAUUUGGUUUUAUGUCAUUAAAAUUGUUUUAGUUCAGUGGAAAUGCUCGAAAAUUUAACACAAGGUUUAUUAGGAGUUGCAAUUAAUAGAAAAAUGUUAUGUUUAAUGUAGUAAUUUUUUUUAAGUAUAGUAAAUAAAUAUAUAAAUAAAAAAUAAUAAUUAAAAGAAUAAAUACAUCGCCUGGAGUAUUAUGAUAAGUGUAUUAUACGACUGGUUUCAUAUAAAAAAUUCAUCAUCAGGUAUAUCACAGUUAAAAUGUAAAAUGCAAUUUUAUUUACAGUUAUCAUAAUACUCCAGGUGACACAUUCAUUAUUUUAUUUAUAUAUUUAUUUACGAGUAAAUAAAUUCUCAUUCUUUAAAUAUCAUUCUUUUAUUUAUUAUUUUUAUAUAUAUAUAUAUAUUUUUAUAAGUCCUUAAACUUAAAGUUUUAAUGAAAAUAUAUUUUCAUAAAUAUGCAAAAUAUGUACUGUGUACUAGUAAUGGGAUCCAGAGGUUUUACCAUAAAAAGAAGUGGAUUUUAUUUAAAAAUAUAAUUUAAACAAUUGUAGAAUAUAAAAAGUAUGUAAAAAAAGAUGGCUGAAGAGCAAUUUGUUGCCCCCCUCCUUGUAUUUUCGCAAAUUACGUCCCAUACGUUAAUUUCAAAACAAUUAAUAUAGGUACUCUAAAAUUUCUGAAAAAUAAGUUGAGGUACUAGGUACCUAUCAUUUUUUUUUCUUUACUUUGUCAUUUAGUUAUUUUUUUUGUAUUCAAAUUAAGUAUAGGUAGAUAGGUACAUACUCAAAUACAAUUUUUAUAUUUUAAACUACUGUCUACUAACCCAAAUUGCACAAUUACUCUUUAUUAUUAUUAUUUAUUAUGUUUCUCGUGAAAUAAUGACAAUAACCACCUGAUUACAGAAUUUCAUGUUUUUGUUAGUUUCUGAAUGGUCUAAAGAUAUCUAACUAAAAUAUCAGUAAAUUGGUAAAUGCCCAAAAUACUGAAAAUGGUUUAAUAAAAAAAUGUGAUUUUGAGUAUUUAAAUAUUUUUUAAUUUGUAUUUAAUAUAUUUUACAUUACAUACUAGUGCAUACAUUUAUGUUUUAGUUCUCAAAUCAUUUUUCUUAUAUAAUAUUUUGUACUUUUAUUUUUGUGCAGUUUACAACUUGGUAAUUCAAAUAUAGGAAAAGUUACUUUUUAUUUAUAACUCAAUUAAGAUGUCAAGUUCUUAUUUAAAAAUCAUCUUUUUUUUUACUGUUCCCUAUAACUUAAUGAAAAGUUUUUCAACAUUAUUAUAAUAAUUGAGAUUUCAAAAUGAAAUUUGUCCGGUAAUUUGUUUUGUUGACAUAACAUAAAAUAUUAUCCUUUGGAUAUUGUAAGUUGCUAACUAAAUAUAAUAGGUAUCUAGGUAGAUAAUAAUUAUUGAUCUGGACAAUUUUUUGGUAUUCAUUAACUAGCUAAUUGAAAGUCAAUUUUCAGUAUUUUUAUAAAAUCAAUUUUUUUUAGCACAUACUUAAUAUUUUCUUAUAUUAAACAAUUUUUUUUUAAUAAGAACCACAUAAGAUUAAAUUUUUGUUUGUUUUUCUGGGUGUAAAUUCUAUUAAGGUGUAGCCAUGCAAUUGCGCUGAAAACAAUAAGAAAAACCUGUCAUUUUGAAUGUAAUUGGCGAGUCUUUGUGUUCAAUACGCCAAACAUUUUUUAGUUGGUAGGUAGGAUAUCAAUGUGAUUUUGAACAUUUUUUUCAAUUUGUUCAGGCUUGUAUUGUAGAAUACUGUAUAGUAUGAGAUACUUUUUUAUGUAAUUAAUAUAUAAUGUAUACUUAAUAUUAAACCAUUAAUUUUAUACAUAUAAUAUUUGGUGCUAAUAACUUCCAUCCAAUAUACAUAUUACCCAGGUACCUAUAAUUAAUUUUAAUAUAUUUAUAAUAUAUAUUAUAUAAAUACAAUUAAUAGUAACAUUUUUAUUUUAUAUCAAACUACUUACAUGCUUUGUCUUAACUAGUUUAACACACAAAAUAGCAUAAUAAAUAAACAUGGUAUAUAGGUAGUAUACACCUAGUUUAUAAUUUAUUAUACUUAUAGCUAAUAUCAAUUAUAUAUUAAUUGAAUUAUAUAAUUUACUUAGUUUAUUUAUUAUUUAUUUCAAAUCUUUUCUCUUUACUUGAUAAAUAUGCAUUAUUUUCUGUUUAAUAGUAAGAAAAAUACAAUUUCAAAUUUCAAAUACAUAAAUUGAUAUUUACAUUAUUUAUAUCAUACAGGGUGUUUCACCAUGUCAAAAUUUCUGUUAAUUUGAGCUUUUAAUAUCAAUUUUUAAACUUUUUUUUCAAUUUGAUUUCCAUUAGGAAGGAUUUCUAUUUAGAGAUAAAUUAAAUUUUUAUUUCCAUGUACAAAUUGGAAUGUAUCAUAGGUUCAUAUCUGAUCAAUAGUUUCAUAGUUAAUGAUUAUUUUAAUUUCUAGAGAAAAGAUGUAAAAAUGAUACUAGGUACUGAAUAAAUGGUAUAAGGCUUAUGCUUGAUUUCUUGUACUGUAAAUUAAAAAUGUUAGAUAUUUAAAAAACUUUUUGCGGAUUUGAAUGCAUUUAAACUUUUAGAAUAAUAUUUUUUACAAAAUAACUAUUUUAAAAAUAUAUUAAUUAAAAAAAGUUAUUUUUAAGGUGUCUAUUAUUAUUUUAAAAAUAGUUUCAAUUUGGAAAACUGACUUUUUACAUCUUUAACAAGAAAAACAAAUAAAUAAGUUCAUAGUUUUGUAUGGAAAAAACGUGAAUCAGUUAUUAUACUAGCCCAGUAUCUAGUUGAAAUGUAUAUCAAAAACAGAUUUAUAAAAUGAAAAAUCAUAGAAAAAAAAAAUAAGUAUACUUCGCACUACUGUGAGGGUUAAGGUCUCGUCUAGAUUCAUUCUAAAGAGGUCCAAAUCUGUUUUAUUGUUGAUUAGCAACAUCUUUCGUUGUUUAUGUAUAACAUUAAAACUUAACUUGAGCAGUACUGGUAUGUGAUCUGACCUUUAAUCUGUACAUUCUAAUACUUCGAUAUAAUUAGAAAAUAUACCUUUCACAAUAAAGAAGUCAAGCUGGUCGGAAAUCUUGUUGGGAUCAGUGGAUCUUGUUCAGACCAAUACAUUGGCUUUCUUGUAGUGAUGAUUUCAGCAUUGAUGUUGUUUGCAACUUAUAAUGGGUCUCGUCCCUUUGGGUUGAUCAGUCUCGAUCCCCAAUGAGUAUGCUUGGCAUUAUAAUCACCUCCAACAAUGAAUCUAAAACCUAACGUAUGGAAAAAUUCAGCGAAUUUUAUCUGUACCUCCUUGCGGUGGGCAAUAAAUUGUAGUAACAGUAAGAUCGUUAUUCCCGUCGUUAACGCUGACGGUUGUCGCUUGUAUAUAAUUUACAGAGUAUUUUUCGAGUUUAUAGUGCUUUAUGAACUUUUUUAUUAUUACAGUAGUACCACCCCGAGCUCUACCACUGGGAUGAAUUGUUGUGUAUAUUCUGUAUUCCUUAUCUUUAGAAAGGUCUACGCUGUGAAGUAAAUUUCCGAAAUAAGGGCUAUGUCAAUGUUUUCAUUGUGUAAAAAGUCUUUAAGUUCUUGUCUGCGCUGUACUAACCUUUUGGCGUCCCAUGCAAUAAUCCGCAGUGUACCGUUCAUUUCUUUAUUUUCUGCGAGGUAUUUUUGGACUUUGUCUUGUUUAUUUCCAGUUUGUCCAUUCUUGCUGUCAUAUUUGCUAGUUUCUGCAUUACGUUGCUUAACGCGACUAGAAUAUCAUUAAGAGUAAUCGAUUUGGUUGAAGUGUUUUUGGGUAGACUUUUGAAGCCAUCUGCACAUAUGAAAUAUUUGCUGUGACAGGUUUCUGCUAUUUUCUUUGCACAGCAGAGACUUGUUUUGGGUGUGCUAUUUCCAUUGCUUUCUUGUAAGCAGAGCAACCUUUCCAGUUGGCUGUGUGAUUUUCACCACAGUUUGCACAUUUAGCUUUUGCCUUUUUAGAUUUUGGGCAAUCUUCUGUUCUGUGUCCUUCACUACAUUUCACGCAUACAGCCGAUUUGUGACAGUAAUUUUGUGUGUGUCCGAGAGCUUGGCAGUUCUUACACUGCGGUACUUCUUUUUUUUUACGUGGUAGUUCUAUGUUUAUUAUCUGAUGACAUAAUAGUUUUAUGUGGUAAAUGUUUUUAUUAUUCUCCCGUGGGUUAAAUCUACACAGAAUAAUGGUAGUCUUAUGUAUGUCCAUUCACUGUUUUUGUUUUUAGGAUUAGAUUUUUUCUUGAUCUGUAUAUUGGUUAUUUUGCUUACUUCGUGGCCUUGGUCAUACAGUUCUUUGGUAAUUAUUCCCAUAUCGGAAUCAUGAUUUAUACCUUGUAAUAAUUUUGAAAAUGGUUUUGACACGUUUUAAUUGGUACUAAUGAUAUUCAACUUUAUUUUCUUCUAAUAUUUUUAUUGUAUUUCUGAAUUAACUUUCGUUUGUUGUUAAGAUUCUCGUCUCACCAUUUGAUAGGAUUUGGAAUUUUUGUUCAUUUCCUACUGGUUCUUCUCACGUUAAUAAUUGUUUUAAUUUAUCAAACUGUUUAAUACUUUUAAUAGUUAUUGGUGGGAGCUUAUAUAUUUUUUGAGUAUUAUCAUUGGUCGGGGAUUUGUUACUCUUUUGUUUAGCUUUUGAAGUUGCGUUAACAUCUUUUGAAACUGGUAUGUUCGAAAUGGGGGUCGUUUUUUCUAAGUUGUUAUCUAUUUUUGUAAUUAAUUGUGACUUUUUAGCUGCCUUUUCACUAUUUUUUGUUUGUAGUGAUUUUUGACUUGCUUGUAGUUCUGAUAUUUGGCGGUGGAGUUGAUCGUUGGCGUUUUUUAAUUCGGUUAAUAUAUUUUGUAUUUCUGCAUAGGUCGGCAGAUCUGGUUGCAUAGGUUCAUCCAUGGCUGUGCGCGUCACGCAAUGGUGGAAACCACCAAUACGCCAUUGCACAAGCGUAUUGCCUACUUAAUAUUGUUAUGUAGUCACUUACCGAUUUCUGAUGAGUGUGAUAAGCAUUUUGAUGUUAUUCAAUUACUGAAAGAAAAAAAAAGCGAAUAGAUGAUACUCGAAAGCGAGAACAUACAUGUUCAGCUCGUUCAGCAAACAAAUCGCCACUAUGAUAUAUCCUUUUUUUGAACAACUUUUCAACUAAAUAUUUUGCUCCAAUCCAAUAAAAAAAAAUAGAAGAAAGCUUAUUGUAGCAGUUUAGAUCUAGUUAGUGUAUUGGUUUCAUUUUUUAAUUUUCAAGUAGUUUUCUUAAUAAUUUGGAAAAAAUGGAAAAGUUUACAGCAUUAAAUGAUUUUGUUUUUUUGUUGUUAUUUGGUUAAAAAAAAUCUUAGAGCUAUGACAUUUUCACAUACUAUUUUAUUAGCCUACCUAUUAAAUCAUAUACCUAUUAUAUUAAUCUACUCAUUAUUUUUCUAUUUAUACAAAUUUGAAAAAUAGAUAUGUAAAUUAAAUACAAAAAUACAGUAUAAUUAAAAUUAUACUUAGAUUAUGUUUGAAUUUGUUUUGUUGAUUAAUUUAAAUAUUUUUGGUAUUUUAUUUUCAGAUUAGCGUUAUAUGUUUAUGAGUAUUUAUUACAUAUUGGGGCUCAAAAAGCAGCUCAAACUUUUUUAAAUGAAGUAAGUGCAUCCCAAAUUUAAAUGUACACAGUUUCUCUGUAUUUUUUGUCCAUUUAUUAGUUAAAAUAUAAUUUUUUCAUUAGUUUCUUUUGUUAAUAUUAAUUUUGUUUUAUUUUAUUAUAAUAUAGAUUCGAUGGGAAAAGAAUAUCACAUUAGGUGAACCACCUGGAUUCCUGCAUUCAUGGUGGUGGUAAGAAUUUUAAAAUUAUUAUUAAUUUUCAUAUUUUUAUCAACCUCGUUAAGCAUACCUUAUAAAUUAUUUAAAUUGCUAACAAAGAAAACCUUUUAUGUAUUUUUAAGGAAAUACCAUUUUGUUAUACUAAAAUUAUUCUGAAAGUGUUUUUGGUCAAAAUAUAAUUUUGUAUUAUAUUUAUUAUAUUUUUUAUUUUAAAAUGAGUAACUUUAUAACUUGCCUAUUAUUUUCACAAUACAAAAAUAACCUAUUACCUUUAUCUAAUUGAAUUUAAUAAAAACUUAAACAUACCUACUAGUAUUUAUACUCAAAUAGUCUAUUCAAAAAUGUCUGCUUGUAAUGAGUAUUAUAGUAAGUUGUAUAUUUAAUUUUUAUAUAUUUUUAGCGUAUUUUGGGAUUUAUAUUGUGCUGCCCCAGAACGCCGUGAUACUUGUGAUCAUUCAAGUGAAGCCAAAGCAUUCCAUGAUUAUGUAUGUAUAUUUUUAAUUAUUAGAUAAUUACAAUGUUUAAUGUUUUAUAAUCAUACUAAUACAAAUGUAUGUAUUUUUAUUUCAUGUUUAGGGUUUUGUAAAUUCAGGUUAUGGUGUAAAUGGCAUUGCUCAUGUAAGUAUUCUAUAAUAAUUUGAAAUUUGUUAUCCAAUGUUGGAAAGUUAAAUAAACUUAUUAAUUUAUAUAUCAUAGAAUGCAGGACCAUCUCCCAGUCCUUUGGGACAAAUGCCACCAACUGAUGGAAUGCCAGGUGGUCCUAUGCCCGGAGGAUUUUUUCCAGUUUGUUAAAAAAAAAAAAAAAAAUUAAAAUUGUUUUAAAUGAUUUUUAUUUUUACUUUCUAGAAUGCAUCAAUGAGACCAUCACCACCAAGUCAUCCUUCAGCACAACAAUCUCCUCACCCUCAACCACCAUCCCAUGGACAAAUGUUAUCAAAUCAGGUAUGUACUGAAUAAUAUUAAUAACUUGAUUAAUUUAAACUAUAAACUUCUUUUUUUAGCCUUUUAUGGGCGGUCCUCGGUAUCCAGGUGGUGGCCCUAGACCAGGAAUUCGAAUGUCACAACUAGGAAAUGAUUUUAAUUCGGUAAGUAUUUAUUACAUGUGUAUCAAAAGUUUUAAUUUGAAUAGGAUUGUAUAUAAAAUAAUAAAAAAAACACUGACAUACUUUACACUGAGUGGGACAAUGUUUUAGGUGAGAAGUUGGAAGGUAAAGAGGAAAAUUUAAUGUAUAUCUAUGCAACGAUUAACCAUUGCUAAUGAAAACCGAUCGAAAACUGUAGUUUUUAAAAGAUACUUAUAGUGGUGGUUUGUAUUAUAUGUAUGGUAAAAUUUUCAAAACAUUCUAGCUAUUUUAGGCUAUUUAUAGGUAUUAGAUAUUUUCUUGUUUUUAUAUGCAUUUUUAUUUGUUAGGUGUCUGUUAUUAAAAUUAUGACUCAUGUGAACUGCUUAAAAAUUUAGUAUAAGGUACAUUGUAACUUGUACUUAGUAAUCUAAAUAACGAAUUUGAGUUAAAUGCAUUAGUUUUUUUUUUUUUCAUAAACAUUUUAAGAUCAAAUUUUGGUGAAAAUUUUAAAAACAAAUUUGUUAGUAACUGUUUAUCUUUGUGUACAGAUAUAAAUUAAAUAACUAUGUAUCCUACAUACACAACUUUCCACCUGAAACAGUGGCUGCACCUGUCCCCAGUAUUAGCUAUUUUUUUUAAAAAUUAAACCAUUGUUAUUAAAUUAUACAUAUUUUAAAAUAUAUAUCUGGAAAAAUGUUUUAUUCAAUUUUCAAACAGUCAAUUACAUUGUGAUAAUUCAUACAAGUUAUGAAUUUUACUAGAAUUUUGUAUUAUAAACUAUUUAGUCUAAUUUUAACUAUUUAAUCUAAUAGGUUGUAUGUUUUUUUUUUAGAUUGUACUUUAUUCUAGUUCAAAAAAUUAUAUGAACCUAAUCAAAUUUGUUUUACCAAAUAGGUUAAAUAGAUUAAGUGGUCCUUCUUUAUAGAAUUUUAUUAAAUUAGAGUUAUUAUUUUCAGAAAGAAUAAAAUAAAAUUUAUACUUUGUGAUUAAAAAUUAAAAGUUUCUGUUUUAGCAACCUAAAAUAACAUUGCCUUUGUGACAAAAGGUUGUAAAAUAUAAUUUGAAUUUCUUAAUAUUAUGAUUUUGGUAAUUUACAUGAGUGAAUUAAAUUACUUGUAGAUAGGGUUUACUCUUAUCAGUUUAAUCAACUGUACUCUGCACUUCAGAUUAUUCCAAAUAACCAAAUAAUGAUGGUUAAUAUAUUUAAGUGUUAUUCAUAAAUAAUAAUAUUAUAUAUUAUAAUAUAAAUUGUUUAAAUUUGCUUAAUUUGCUUAUUUGUUAAUAUAUUAUUAUAAUUAGAGACUGGAUUUAUAUGUUCUUAAAAUGUCUACAAACAAAGCUCUUCAAAAAAGUAUUGAAAAAAAAUAUUUAAAACAGCAAAAAUAAUAGAGGGGUUCAAAAUUCACUUCUCUCUAAUAAAUUUAACUUAUACAUUUAAACAUCAUAAAAAUUAUUAAUGAAAGUCAUUUAUUUUUAUUAAAUUAAUCUAUUAAUCUGUUCUUUAUUCUAUUAAUCUAUCAAAAUUAAAUUAUUUUGUCUUAAUCAUUUGAGUGUUAAAAGGUUUAAUUUAAUAAGUUAAAGAUAUUAGAGGGGGACUUUUACAACUUUUUGAAAUGUUUGUAAGUCCUUUUUUCAGGGCAAUUUUGAUGUUUUUAAAUGCCUUUUUUGCUGUGGAUUGUAGGAGAAUAAAAUCUGUCUUUAAUUAUAAAAAAUUGUAAAUGAUUAUUGUUUGUCAAAAUUAUUGAAAGAAGGACCCAAAAAGAUUAGAACUAUUAAAUAGUACAGAUUCAAUAGGUAAAUUUAACCAUUUUAAAGUUCAUUAUAAAAGUAAACUAGACAGCUUAUAAUAUUGUGAUUAUAGAUUAUAGGUUGACUCCAAUAUAGACAUUAAGGUUUUUUCCUUGAACUCCACCAUAAUAUUAAAUACAUGAGUUAUAAAAAAAUAUUCUAGAUUUUAUAUUCUGGGCUCUGACUAGAUAAUCAUUGUUAGAAAUAAAAAAAAAAGUAUGGUGAAGAUUAAAAACUUAAACCUAUGUGUCGCCAGCAUUUAAAAAUACUGUGCAAUAUCAUAAUUAGUGAUGAUCUGAUAAGACAAUGCUAGUAAUAUUUUGUCUAUAAUUUUUUUCUUUUUCUUCAUAUGACAUAUAUAUUGGUGAAACAUUUGGGAGACACAUAAUUUUCAUAAAGGAAUAGAAUUUAAAAAAGAGUUGAUACUGUGGAUGAGAGGACUGUUGUAGGUGAGAAGUUGGGAAGGUAAGAUACAUAAAGUUAUUUCAUUUAUAUCUGUUAGUAACAAUUUUUUUUUGCAAUUUUCAUUUAAAUUUAAUUUCAAAAUGCUCAUAAAAAAAAAAACCUGAUGAGUAAGUCAUCAGGAUUCUUCUAUACAAAGCAGAGAACCCAGGGGGAAGGGUGUUUUUGUGCCCCAUUUACCAGGUAUAAAUGUGCCUCCCAGUUUGGUAUCAUAUGGUUUGGUUAAUUAUUUUAAGGUGAUUAAUUACUGCCCAGUCCGAAAGUGUUUCACCUUCUUAAUUAUCGGUAGAGUAUCUCCAUUCAGUGUUGUGAGAGUUUAAAUUUACGAUAUAUAUUACUGACUGGAAAAAGGAAGUAGUCCACUUGCUAGUUGGAGGUUUAUAGAUGUUGAAAAUAAUUAGGUUGCAAAUAUGGAUACCACUAUAUAUGGAUUUGACUAGUUGAUUUGAUUUAUAUAUGUUGCCCAGCCAUGCUUAUUGUGACCAAUGUGAUGUACCAAGUUGAAACCAGUCUUGUAAAGAAUUUGAGUAAAAGUAUUUAAAUAAAUGUAUUUAAACACUGUUUUGGAAAUAUUGAAAAUUCCGUGUUAUUUAAUAUUGUAAAGUAAUAAGUAAUACAUUAAUUAUUUAUAUUCUACAAUUUGGAUCUUGUAAUGUUAUCCCCAUUAUACAUGGAGGAUAAUGAAGUCAAAUGUAAAUUGAUAAUGUUGUGAUGGAUAACACAAAAAUUAAAUUAGAAUGAGAGGCUUGCAAUAAACAUUUUGACAUUAACACUUUAUGUGUUUAUAUCAAAUGUUGUUUGAUAUUAAUGCUGUUUAAGUGCAAUACAAAAUUUUGGGAAUGAUUAUGGUGUGAUAAAUUUAUAAUUUUUAUUUCAUAAUAUUUGUUUAAUUCAAAGUAUUAAAUUAUUUUAGAACUAAUAUACAACACAUUUUAUUUAUUUUCAUUUUUCAGUAAAAAAUGAAUUCGUAAUACAAAGUUCUACUAAUUGGUACUUACAUAAAUAGUUAAAUUUUCAGUUUUAUGUUAAAAAUUUCAAAAUUAAGUUUGCGAAAAAUUCUUCUUGAAUUCUUGAACUAUUAAGUUAAAUUACAAAAGUAUUUCAAGAGUAUUUUAAACAAUUUCUAAAUGGAUUUAUUUGUAUCUAUAUUUAAAUACAAUCUGAAAAGUAUUUUUUACAAGAUUUGUCAAAAUCAUUUAUUUUUUAAGAGGCUUGUUUCUCCAUCAGUUUCCCCAUGUGUUCUCUUCAUAAAUUCUCUUCCAUACAUCCAUAUCACCAAGUCUUUUCCCCAAAAUGUUAGCCUUGGCUCAAGUCAGGUCUUCUGAUUUAUCUGAGCUAUCUUGAAAUUGUGCUUUACAGUUCUACUACCUUCAGUAUCACAACAUGUUUGAUCUUUUUGUAUUUUAUUGUGUUUCAUGGAUUUUUUUUUGGGUAUAGCCCUGUUUGUAACAACAUUACUAGACAAAGAGGACCACAUGAAGGUACAGCAUACCCCCUGUCUAUUCUAUAACAUUCAUCAACAAGUUUUCACUUUUUUGUGUCUAGUCCUAUACAUACUAUAGUUUUAAAAAACUCAGUACUCCAUUACAAUUCGAUUGUUUGGUCCCUAUACACAUCUGGUCUAAAUUGAGCACAUCUGGUGCUAUUGAAGGAAUCAUUAUGUUCAUAAAACACCAAAUUUAUUAUAUUCAACUUCACUUUCAAUAACUAGUUUAGAAUCUUUAGUGGUCAGAAGAGUUCAAUCUGAUCUUUGUUUUGCUUUUAAGUUACUUAAUGGUUUUAUACAUUGUUCUGAAUUAUUAGUCCAAUUUAACUUUUUAGUCCUGGUAUGCUAUACAAUCAAAUACGGUUUAUGUGUCAUUAUGUGUUUAAUUAAUCACAAAAUAAUAAUAAUAAAUCUCAAAUACUGAUUAUAAGACUAACGAGCUUUGAAAAUAAAUUUAAUGUUGAUUUACUGUGUAAUAGUAAUAUAUGUUUAAAUAUACUAAAUAAAUAUAUAAAAUUCAUUAUCAGGUAUAUCACAGUCGAAAUGUGAACCAUGACUGAAUAUAAAAAAAAUAUUACAAAUUGGUCGUUUUAUAUAGAAAUAAUUAAUUUUAAUAGAACAGAUUAUUUAAAAUAGGUUAUUAUUAGACAUAGAUAUGUUAAGAAAUAUAAAUUAUUUGGUUAUUAUUUAUUAUCUAAACUUUAUUGAUACAAGAUAUUGUUAAAAAAAAUUAUAUUCAGUCCCAUUUUAGAUUUAGAUUUUGAUAUACUUGAUAAUGAAUUUUUAAUUCGAAAUCAGUAGUAUAAUACACUUAUCAUCAUAUUCCAGGCAACAUAUUUAUUUAUUCAUUAAUUUAUUUAUGAGUAUGAACCAUUUUAAUAAUUUUGUUUUUACUUUAUUAUUUUAAAAUUUAUGUUUGUUCAAUGUAUACCCAAAAUAACUUGUUCAGUUUAUGAUGUAUUUUUCAUGAUUAUUAUAUUUCUAACAAUAUCAUGUAUUACUAUAUUUAUUGUAUACGAUCUUGUAUUGUAUUUUUUUUUUCAUUGGGCUUUAAAUAAAUAAAUAAUACUAAUCUUAGUCUGUACUACAUACUAUGGGUUUAUAUUACUCUGUAGUAAGGGAUAUACAAUACCAAUGGGUAAGUUUUAAACUCCCUUUUAAUAAAACAGGUAUUUUGAAAAAAAAAAAAAAACAGUAAUCCAGCAUAAAACUAAAUACCUGUGAUUCAAUUCUACUAUAGUACAAUUUUAUCUCACAGUAAUCAACAAUAUCUAAUGAAUAUUUUGUUUUAAUUUUUUUUUUUUUUUUAGCCUUCUGGUCAAUCAAUGAUGCCUGGUAUGGACCCACUUAGACAAGGUAAAAUAUUAAAAUAAUGUAACUCAAAUCUAAUCAAUACAUACUGAAAGUAAAGUGAAAUUAAAAUUAACAUUUAAGAAUAUAAUUAUUUAUUGUAUGUUUAGGUUAAUUAUGUUAAUUAUAUUAACUAGGAAUGACAGUAAAAAAAAAGGAUGUUAAUAUUAUUAAUGUAUUACUUACUUAAUUUUUUUCUCUCCUGUAGGUGAAGCUGGAGAAUAUGUUGUAGGUUGGCAAGGUAGGCCAGUAUUAUUUAAAUUUUAUUAUGCACACUAUUUCUUUACUCAAAUAUUUUGUAGUUGAUUUAAUAAUCAUGUCAUAAUGAUAACACUGUUUAUUUCUCUUGACAUAAAUUUACCAAAGUUCUUUAUUCUUGUGUUUGCAUUUUAUUAUUGGGAUUUUUUAUUAUAAUAUAAUAUUUUUUUAAACUUAUUUAUUUCAAAUGUGUUUCAGAACAAAACAAAUUAUUACAAUUUAUAAUUAUAAUAUUUAAUUUUUCAUUUAAAAGCAUGGUGUAGCAAUUUUAUUGUUAAUAUACUUUAAUUUUAAUUUUCAUAUUCUAAAGAUUUUAAAUUCUUUUUUCUGAUUUAUCAUUUAAUAUCCAAGAGGUAAAUGAUAACCCUCCCCCCCAUGGCUUUAUUAAUUUAUAAAUUAUUGAGUUUUAUUAUGUAAACAGUUGUUUGUACAUUCUAUAGUCUCAAAUAAUAAGUAUAGAAAUAAAAUGUUAGUUCAAGAAUUUUGUUUUAUUUAGGUUUCUUAUUCAUUCACUUAAGAUAGAUGUCAAUGUUUAGAAAGAAUUUACCUCUGCACGUUAUUUAUACUCAAUAUUUUUACUUAAGUUGUGCCUUAAUUGCUACAUAAUAAACAAUAUCUUUUAAUCUUUUUGAUCAUAAUUAAGUACAAUUAACAAAUGUAAGGAUUUAAUUGAAUUAAAUGGUCACAAAUUUGUUUUAUUUAUUGUUUUAAUAAUUUUAUGUAUAUAUAUAAAUGUUCUGUAUAGAAAUUGGGAAAAAUAAGUACACUCAUAUUUAUUUUUAUUUAUUUAUAUCUAUUAAAUCAAAAAAAAAAAAAAAAAAUGCAUGGAAAAAAAUACCUUGUGGGCAUAGAUAUAAUCAAAACAGUGUGCAUGACUGUUAAGUAUUUUAAGAAAAUGAAUGAAAAUUUUUAUAAGACGCAUGUUUAUAACAAAACUAAAACUUUACAGCAUUAUAAAUAUUUCCUAUUUACAUUCAAUUCACUUCAAAAAUAAAUAACUUUUAUUACUUGCAAAGAUUUUUUUUCAAAUAUGUGAUACAUUUACAUAUUAUUAUUUUUUUUUUUCAAUUUUAAAAGGUUAGUAUUUUAGGUAUCAUUUUAUAGAACUUAUGUAUUUUAAUUAAGAGUUAAAUGGGGAGGGGGGAGUUAUGGUAACACAUCUUUAAAAUAAAUGAAAAGUAAUUAAUUUCCCAAAGUUAAAUACUUAUUACUUAUUAAAACAGUUCACAAUUUUAAGAUGUUAAUGUUUCUAUAUUUUGUGGACUACAAUUAAAUUAAUUGGAAAGUUGUUUUUAGAUAUUAGUCAAUGUCAGUGUGCACUGUGUAAUAUUAAAUAUAAGGUGGCAUUUUAAAUACAUACAAAUUUUUUUCUUAAUACAGUAGAACCAGCUUAUUAGGAACACUAAUGGACCAUGGUGUAAUGUGUCAUUUAACUGAUUGUUUCUAAUAGGCGAUUGGUUACUGUAUUUAUUUGUUUAUAUUAUUUAAAAAAUAUACAAUUAAAAAUUGUAAUAGAUAUUCUAUUGUAUAUUUAUUAAAUUUUAUAUUAUCUUACAAUGUUUUUUAAAAUCUGUACUAGGGUCUUCCACUGUUUUCUAAGAAUUUGUGGAUUCAAAACCAAAUUACAGAUAUUCUGUUAUUUUAAUAACCCAUUGAUUUCCAAUGUUUUAGUAUCCUAAUAAGUGGCUACUACUGUAUUAUUAUUUUGGGAUGCUGAGUUUUUUACAUUGCUUAUGUGUACAUAUCUUUUAAAACCUCAAGUUUUGGUUAAUGUGUGUUAUAGUAAAUAUUAUGACAUUUCCAGUGGUAAAAAAUUAUUUUUAAUAUUUAACAUUCUUCUAUUUAAAAAUAUAUUUUGUAUACAUAAUAAUUUUAAAAACAUUUAUCAGGGGUAUAGUUGCUGUUUGAAAAUGAGGAAUUUUCAGAUAACUUGGGGUUUUAUUUUUGAGUUACACUUACAAUUGGCUAAUAAAUUAAUAAUUAAUAAAUUAAAUAAUGAUUUUAGUGUACUGAUUGAAAUUUGUAAUUUUAUUUUUUUUAUCUUAUAUUUUUACACUUAUUGUUGGAUUAAUUUAAAAGCUAAUUGGCUAAAGGUGAUCUUUUGUUUUCUUAAACUAAUAUUCAUUUGGGGGAUAUCUAAUGUAAUGAAGAAAACCUGGCUCUUUAGGUAAGAAAAGAUUGAAAGAUUCAAAAUAAAGUUGUCAUUGGUAUAUGAUUCUAUUUAUUUUUUGUUAUUCUAAAGUUUUUAUUAUUUUACUUUUUUAUUAAAUCUACAUUUUUGUAAUAAUUUUACCAUAAUAGGACAUAUUAGGUUACUAAGUUAGGUUUUUGGGUUAUUAUUAAGUAAUACUAAUCCUACUGCUUUUUAAUUCUCUGUUUUCAAAUAAUACUACCAGUCUUGAUAAACCCUCAUGUUGUUGAUAAUGUAAUAAUAUUAACCAAAUUCUGCUCCAAAUGGUUUGUCAUUAGCAAUGUCAUUAAUCUUUGAUUAUAAAUAUAUAUUAAAUUUGCUUCUAUAUUCUACCUUCCCAACUUUUCAUUGACAAUAGUGGUCCAUCCAUUGUGCCUAAGUAUGUACAUCUCUUUUAACGAAUGCAACUCAAAAUUUAAAUCAUGUAUUGUGAGUAUUAAGUAUUGGUGAAUUUGAAUUUAAAAAUUUAAUUAAUUUUUUAGGUUUUUUAGGGUUUUUAUUUUGUCUAGUUUCAUAUUAAAAGUUCAACAAAUAAUGCUUGAAUUAAUUGAUUUAAUAGUACUAAAAGUAAAAGUAGAAUAAUGUAGUUAAUUAUCUAAAUAAUAUUUUUUUUCAUUUUACCUACAACUGAAUAAAUUAUUAUUAAAAAUAUUUUAUGUAGCUUUUUGGUUCCUAAAAAUUAUUAUAAACAUUUAAAUUAAAUGCAGGGAGAAUACAUUUUUUGGAAUUUUAUUGGAGGAAAGAAGAUAUCACAUAAAUUAAUUUCAUUAUCCCACUCCUCUCCUAAUACCUAUUUAAAAUAUUUCAUUAAUAACAGGUUUAUAUUUUACUAUUGUCUUUUGUAUUUAAUUGUCCAUUUAUUAAUAGUAUUUGCUAAUUCCCUGGAAUGUAAGUCUAUUUUAUUUCUGUUAAACUGUAUAAUGUUUGUAUAAAUAGUAGUAAUAGGAAUGUUUGGAAUUGCAUUAUAUUUCAGAAUAUACUACAACCAUGAUUGGGUUUUUUUAAUCUAAAAAUAUUGCUAUAGUCAGCAUUCAGAACUGUUAUUAUCAUAAUAUUAUUGUUUUAAAUUCUGAGUGGAGUGAGGAAUGUAUUAGUUUUACAAUGAUGUUUAUUUUUUUUAUAACCACUACCAGAAAGCAUACUUUCAUUAAUAAAUAUAGCAUCUAUAGCAUCUUUUCUGAAAAAAAAAUGUUCAUCUGGGUGGUACUUUAGAGAGGUCAUUUUUUGAACUUCUCAUUAAUAUUUGAGAUAAUAAGGAAAGCCUGAUACAUAAGGUUAAAAGAGAUUGAAAAAUUAAAAAUAAGGUUAUCAUUGGCAACUAGUUUUUAUUUAUUUUUAAUUAUUAUUUUAAAUCUUUUAAAUAGUCAUUGUUGUACUCAUUUUACCAUAAUAUGACAUCGGAAUCGUUUUUUGUAAUCAAUGGUUUAUCUCAUUCCUCACAAAUAUAGAUUAAAUUCCCAUCUGUAUCCUAUCUUCCUAACUUCCAAUAUACAUAAGUGGCAGUACCCAUGUGUAAAGUAUGUCCGUUCUUUUUUAUUUUUCUGUAAAAUUUCUGUGAAAAUAUAAAUAGCUCUGCUGUUCCACUGUUGUACUAAUGACAUGAAUUGUUGGCAAAAAUAAUAUCUUGUCAUUUUUUAAUUAUAUAAUACAUGACAUACUAUAAAUAUAGUUCAAAUGUGUGAUCAUAUAAUAUGUGCAAAUUAGGGUGAUAAUAAAAAUAUAGGACAUUUAAUAAACAAAUUAAAUAUAACUAUACAAAAAAUAAUAUAAAGAAAAACCAAUAAAUCCUUGCUACCAAAUCUGAAACAAUAUAAAUAAAUAUGAAUAUUUUUUAAAUACAAAUAAAAUAUUUAUAUGCAAAAUCAAUUUUAUUUUGAUGAUAGUUGAUCAAUUUCUUCUUUUGCUGCUUUUGUGUUGAACUAAAUAAUGGUCUAUAAAUAUUGAAUAAAUUUCAAAAUUUAUUAAGAAUAAAGAAAAAAUUGUGGUUAAUACAAGACAUACUUAAAAAAAACAGUGAUAAAAUGGGACAGGGAUACAAAGUUGAAAUACAGGACUAUACCAUAUAUUACUCUAUAUAUGCUCACUCUAAUGUACAAUAACAAUAAAUAACAGGAAAUGUGGUAAUAAACAUAUAUUUAGACAAAUAUUGUAAAUAAUAAAAACAAAUAUUUAGAUGAAUAAGUUUUUACUGUUUAACUAAGAUGUAUCUGAAUCAUUGGAAUUUGGUGGCUAACUACUGGAUUACAUCUGCAUCUAAGGUAGGUUGGCUGUUUCAUUGGUUAGUGGUAGGUCAGUGAUAAAUGGAUCUAAUGAAAUUAACAACCUAUUGGCUAUUCUUCAUUUAUUUAUUGACUAAAAAAUGAAUCCUUCUCUGUUCCUCUAAAAACCUAGUAUUGCUUUCUCUACAAUAGUGGGUUUAUGAUUAACCUUGUGUAUAGUAGGUCACAUAGACCAUGUAGCUCAUUAUAGUAUGGCACUAUUGUACCAGGGAUAAUUUUCAACAAACAAUUGUGCUGUUUUUAUGAUAAACAGUUUUAGAUAUAUAGUUGGUGUAUUAAUUAUAAUGCAUGUUUAAUUAUUGACUAUGUUUAUUGACUCAUGUAUUUCUUACAAUAUUUUAUUCUUAAUAAUUAACCUAGAAGUAUAUUUAUACAGAUAACAUUGAUAUUUGAUAACAUAAUCAAUUGUAAUUCCAACAUUGGUAUAUCCAUUGGCCAUAGUUUUAAAAAUAGUUUCAAAAAAGUGUUUUGAUUAUCACUCCAGUUAUGUUGCUUGAUACAUCUGCAUUUCCAUAAACUGUCUAGUCAUAUUGCUCUCAUAACUGUUCUCGUAUUUUUGGUUUUUAAACAAUUAAUCCAAUUUGACUUAUUUGUUGGUUUUCUGCAAGCAUGCUUUGAAAUAUUAUUUAAGUCUAAAUGUCAAGUGAGGUAAAAAACAUCAUAUGACUAAAAUUGUUUUUGUCAAAAAAAUUGCAUAUUUUACCAUUAAUCAUUAUUAAUAAUAAUCUGUGGUUAAUUUUAAUUUUUCGGUUUUCCUAUAUUGUGUGUACCAAAAGAAAACAAAUUUUGUUUUCUAUUUAAUCAUAGAUCAUAGCUUUCUGCUGUUAAGCAAGAUCUUUUGUUUCAUGUGCAAAUAGAAAUAAGAGGACAAUAUCUUGUUGACGAAAACUUAUUCUAUAGUACAAUGGUACUGUGUUCGUAAAUCAGGAUCGACAGGUAUGAACUUGAGAGAUACCAGUGAAGACAAAACAAUAUUUAUAUCAUAAUUGAAACUACUUACAAACUUUUUAUAUUAUGAAUGACCAGAUGAUUCUUAGGACCUCUAUUUUGUAAUCAAACAUAAUUUUCAUAAUGCUUUUUAACUUAUUUCAUGUUUAGCAUGCAUAAGGUGUGAAAUUGUGUGAUCUAAUAAUCCUUGCAGUUUUAUAUCAAUUAUUGAAUCAGUAACUGAAAUAUAUUUAUUUGUUGAAUGACGAUUUCUUUUGUUCUGGUGAAUUUUUUUAUAAAAUGGAAAUUGUUCUUUAUCUUUAAGUUUUAUGAUAUUAUAUUAGAGUUUUGUAAGUCAAGCUACUACAAACAUAGAUAAUGCUUCUUUUUAUGACAACUUUUGAUGUUUUUCUCCUGUUAAGCCAUGAUAAGAGUUCGCGUGGAUCUAUUUAGUGCUUUUUCAUUUUCCAAUGUCUCAUCAUAUCACAUUAUUCCUCAUUUAUAUUAUUUUGAAUUAAGUUUCUACUUAAAGUGAACCAACCAAAAUAUUGUAAACAACGGUUUUCUUUUUUUGAAAUCUUUUUUUUUUUUUUUAUCUUACCUUCUUUUAAGUAACACACUUCAUAGUAUUAUUUAUUUUUAAUAAUUCUCAAGUUAUAAUAGAAUAGUGUUAGUAAAAUGUAUCAACUUAAUUUAUUUUGUUGGAAUGAAUAAUUAGAAAUUCAAUUAAGUAAAUGAUCUAUUACACAAUCAUUUAAUAUAAAAACUUUUAAACACAAUUUUAUAAUUUUAUUAACUAAUACUAGUAUAUUAUUUUGAACAUAAUGAUAGUAAUUAAUCUGUUAGAUAAAUCUGAAGUUUUUAUUUAAUAUAAAAUUCUGGUAAUUAAUAAUAUUAUCUGUUUUAUAAAUUUAAAAAUAAAACUUAAAAAUUACUAUGAUAUUUGUCUGUCAUUUAUUAAUUAUAUUUUUUAAUUUUAUAUUAUUAGUAAUCUUAACAUUUAAAUUUGAGAAACACAUUUAGCUGUACAUUAUAUUUAAGUAUACCUUGUCAUGGAAUUUGUAUUCAAUGAUAUAUCAUUAUAUAUAAAAACCAGUUUUCCACUAGUUAUGAAAAAUAAAUAAUUGUUCAAAUCAAACUAUUUAUUGAAGUUCAAAAUGUUUGAAUGCUUAUUGAAAAUUUAAGUUUGUGUUUAAUAAUAGUUAAAUAACUACUUAUUGUGUGUACUUAUUGUUAUACAUGAAUAUAAUAAUAGAUAAUUUAAUUCUCUAAUAUGCAAGACAUGCAUUUCAUUUUUUAUAUAUAUCUAGCUCAACGGCUCCUAGUUAACACUACUAACUACUGUCACAAGAUUAAUUCAAAUUACACUUUAUAUUUGAAACUGAUUUCUAACUCUAAAACAUUAAACAUUAAAUUUCUCUGCAAAUUACUAAAUAAUAAUAAAUAAGUAGAUGAUAAAAAAAAAUAAAGGAAUUUAUCUAUGCAUGUUAUAAUACAAAAUAGUUCCAUUCAAUAAGUGGUAUAUAGUGCUAUAUUGUUCAUUUGUUUAUAUCUUGGAUCAUUAUUACUGUUAAUAAUACAUAUUAAAUAUAAGUAUUGGUCUGUAAAGUUUUUGAAAUUAGGAUUUAUUUACUUUAUUCUACAUUAUUAUCUAUUCUGAUAAUUUUAGAUUUUGAGUGAAGUGAGGAAUGUACUGAUUUUACAAUUAUGUUUCUUUUUUCUUUUUAAUGUAAACAACUUUUCUACCAGAAAUCUUACACUAAUGUAACAAGUAUAACUCCUUUUUUGAAAAAAAAUGUUAUCUGUGUGGAACUUUAGGGGGGCUAUUUAUUAAUUUACCAAUUGGUUUUAUUGUGAUUCAGUUAAGAAUAUUUGUAAAAAUUUGAAAUGUAGACAGAAAACUAAUAUUUGCCUUUUCUAGACUUGGUCAAAUUUUAAAAAUAUUUUAGCCAUUUUUGAGCUAUUUAUAGACUUAUAUUUUAGAGUUUUAAAUGUAAUUUUCAUUUUGUAGGUACUGUGUGGAUAAAAUUGUUGAACCAAACAAAAAUGAUUGAUAAUUUAAUGAGUUUUUUUUCAAGUCUAACUUAGUAGUAAAAAAAAAAAAUGAGUUUAAUGUAAAAACUUGUUUAUAAGAUUUAAAAUCAAAUUUUGGCGAAAAUCAUAAAUAUUAUAACUUUUUAAAAUAUGUAUAACUGAACUCCCCUUAGAAUCAGUUUUCAUUACCAAUGAUUAAUCAGUGCAUACAAAUAUACAUUAAAUUUCCCUGGAUAUCCUACCUUCCCAACUUCCCACCUACAACACUGGCCCACCAUUAUAUAAAUUAUGUUUGUCGUUUUUAAUGAUGAUCCAGCAAUUAUUUUGAUUAAAAUUGAUUAUUGUUGUUUUGAAUUUAUUAUCUUAUUGUGUAUUAAAAAUAUUUUCAAUAUUUUACACUUAUUAACUAUUAACACAUUGGUAUCAAUUUUUGAUUUACAAUACAUACAUUAUUUGAAAAAAUACAUGUUAAUACCCAACAUUAUUAUCCAAUUUUUUAUUAGUACGCAUAUAGAUGGAGUUAAAGGGGGGAAUGGAAUAAGUUACAAAAAAAGCUGCCAUUUGUUUACUGUAGUAAUGUACCUACAGUUAAGUAUCAUUAUUUACAAACAUACUACUUUAAGGACAUCAAAACACUCAACAGUUUUGUUUAAUUUUAAGUUUAAUGGUUUAUUAUUGUAGUUAAAAUAAUGAACAACUUUUAGGUAAAAAUGUUGAGUUAAAAAAAUUAUUAUUCAAUAAGAUAAUGAGAGUUGAUGAAUAGCUGAAAUAGAGCAGAUGAGUGAACAGUUGCCUGUUUUACUUGUAAAAGUAGUUUGAUUUACCCAAUGAUUUUAAUAACAAAGGAUAGUAUUUUUAAAUUUUGUUAUUUUAUACAAAAUGUAAAUUAUAAUUGGUAAAAUUAUCAAAAUAAAGUUUCUACAUUUUUUUUAAAUUUUAUGAGUACAAAAAGUGGCAAGUAUACAGUAAAGGCUCUUAUCUGAAACAAAAUUUUCUUGCGGUGGUACUUUAGGGAGGUCAUAUUUUGAUUUUCCAGGCAGUUUUCUAAAUAAAAAGGAAAAAGUGAGAAAUAACAAGAAAAUGAACGAAAUAUAUUAGUAAAAUACUAUGUAAUAAAAUAAUAAUGUAAAAAUAAAAUUAUUAAAUGGUUAAUACCCUUAAAUAAAUUUAUAAAUAUUCAGUCGCAUUUUGCUUUUUAACUUUGUGAUUUUACCAGAAGAUACAUUUUUAAUUUGAAAUCAGUCAUACAAUACAUAUUUUAAAAUACACAUUUAUUUAUUUGUUUAUAUAUUUAAAAUAUUAUGAUUUUUUCUACUUUUGUUCCUAUUUACAAUAAAAGCACUUUUUCUAAAAAAAAAUCUGACUGGGGAGAUACUUUAAAGAGGUUAUUUUAAUUGAAAAACUAUUGGAAUACAGAUUAAUCAGUACAAUAUUAUUAAAGCAAAAUAUGUUACAUAUUUAAUUAUUUAAUUAUUUAAUUUAAAUUAAUCAAUUUUAAAUUUUAAUUAAAUUAAUCUUUUGAUCUUUUUUAACCUAAUGACUAAGGUUUAUCUCAUUGAAUGAAAAAAGUAAUAAAUAAAAUUAGUAUCUACACAGUAUGUUUGUAUCCAUUAAAAUCAAAAAUAGAUAUAAAAUGCACACUCUUUAUUCCUAGGUAUAAAGUUUAAAAUUGAAAGUUGCUAUUUGAUUAUAUAAAGUUAAUAACUUAUUUAAGUUACAAAGAGUUGGAACAAAAAUGUUAUAAUAAAGCUUAAACAAUUUAACAAUUAACAAUAAAAGUAAUUGUAAUAACAAUUUAAAAUUCUAUGAAAAAUCAAACAAAUCAAAUUACUUAAAAUCUUGUAAUAAGUUCGCUGGAUCAUGAUUAAACAUAUUGUACAUUUUAAAAGUUUUGAGUUUAUUUGAUUUGCUAUCUAUUAUAAUUAAUAUUAUUUUUAAUAGUAUAUCUAAGUCCAGAUCUAAAAAAAAAAAAAAUCAUUUUUAUUUGAAUAUUGUUAUAUUAGCUAUAUUAGACUUGCAUACUUAAAUUUAUUAUGUUUGUUUGUUAAUAUUCACUUCAUAAUUGGUUGUUGCUUGUAUAAAUGCGAAUAAUAUAAUAUAAUAUUAUAUGCUUGGUGUAAAAACAAAUUUCUUUAUCAUUUAUUUUUUUUCACAUUUAUAAUUUGUUGAGCAGGAGGAAUGGGACCUAUAAAUCCGCGUAUGAAUCCUCCCCGUGGUCAAACUAUGAGUCCUUUAGGAUCAUAUAGCCCUGGAAUGCGUGGCCCUGCGCCCAACACAAACUUGGGCUCUGGAGGUGGUGGACCGAACAUGCCUAUAUCUAUGAGCGGAUUAGUCGGGAGACCACAAUGGCAACCAAAUGCAAAUACUGUAAGUACCUAUUUAAUUUAUAUGAAAUAAUAUUCUUAUUUUUAGGUUUGUUAAUAGGUUAAUUUACUGUAAUAUUAAAACUAACUGAACAACUGUCUUCUCUGCUAAAUUUUAAUUGGUUAUGUUAUAUGUUUAUAAGACAAAGAUACCAUAUUACUUGGGUUAAUAUGGUUCUUAUUUGAAUAAUGACAGAAUUUUUGUUUUUAUGUCCCCUAAUUUUAUUCCAAAAAAAAUUCUCACAUACUUUGCUUUAUAGGUUGGCUACUGUUAAAAGUGAGAAGUUAGGAAGGUGGGAACAAAAACGAUUCUGAGGGGAGUGAAGUUAUGCAUAUUUUGAAUAGUCGUUUAAAAUUAAAAAAAUAUUUCAAGUCUACAAAUAUUUUUGACUGAAUCACACUAAAAAAACAAAAUUGAAAACAAAUUUCAUACAUGGUUUUCCUCAAUUAUUUUGAAAACUGAUUGUAAAAUCAAAAAAAUGACUUGAUUACAAAAAAUACCAUCGAUAUAAAAUUUCUUUUCUGAAAAAGUACUACACUUAAAAUUUGGAACAAGAUUUCUGGUAGAAAAGUAAAUAAUUUAAAAUAAUUACAAAUAUUUACAAAAUAGUUUUAGGAAACUAAGAAAAAAUUAAUAAUUAUCAGUAAGAAAAUAAAAUGGAAUGCCUCAUAUAAUUUUAUUUUUUUUCUCAUCCACCUUAAAAAAAAUUCCUUAAUCUGGAUCAUUUCCAUACAAGAGAUUUUGGGAAACUUUAAAUCAGCCAAAUUUUAGAAUACACCAGAUAGUUGAAUAUAAUACUACUCUGUGUCUUAGAUUUUUAAAUUCUGAGCAUGGCAAAUAAUAAAUUUGUUUCUACUAGCGUAUUUAUUUUUCUGUUUGUAAAUAUGUUUAUACCAAAAAUCUUGCUUCAAUCAAAAAAUUAUAUUAGGAUUUUUUGUAAUACAUUAAAAAAAUAAAUUAAUAGGAAAUGGGUAUCAAAAAAUUAAGAAAUGUAUAACAAUAAACAUUUUAUUAUUUUUGAUUUUGUUUUUCUACUAGAAAUCAAGAUAAGCAUAUUUCCUGUAUAAAAUUGUUAUAAGUAGGUGGAUAAGAUGGUGUUUUUGACUUUUAUUUGGAAUUUUUUUAAUAAUUUAAAACCGUAGAAAAAACAGGAAAGACAUUAAUGGUUUUAUUUUUUUUUUCGAUUUGUAUAAUUUGGUUAAAAAUAAUUCUUGAGAUAGAUAUUAGUUUUUUCUAGAUGUGGUAACAUUUUUAAAACAUUUUAUUUGUAGAUAAAAUUGUUUAGGUUUGAAAAUGAUUAUAAAUUUUGUGGGAAAUAUUGUAAAUAUUAUGGGGUUUCAAAACAUGUAUAACUGAAUUUCUCUCAAAAUCCUAUUGUAUUGAUAAUAUUUUAUUGUUAAAUUAAAUUAAAAAACAUCACAUAAAGUACAGUAUAUGUUAGUAUAUUUUAGUUAGUUACAUAUAUAAUAAAUUUUCAACUGACCACCUAUAACAGCCUAUAACUAUCUAUAUUAUAUUAAAAUUUUUUUAAGAUUUUGAGUAGAGCGAAGAAGCUUAUAGUUCUUUACUUUUUUUCAGAAAAAUUUUUCUACAGAGGUGCUUUAAGGAGGUUAUUUUUCGAUUUUCUCAAAAGUUUUCUUGUCAAAUUUGAAUAACCGGUAUAAAACAUGGUAAAGCUGUAGGAAAAUUGGGAAAAUCAGUAGAACAUUAAACAAAUAUUAUAGAAAAUAUAUAAAGCAUUUUGCAUUAUUUUACCAUAUGGCAUAUAUAUUGUUGACAAAGCAUAUCACAAUCAACUGAAUUCCGCUCAGAAUCGUUUUUUCGUAAGCAUUGGUUUAUCCUUGCUUACAGGUAUACAUUAAAUUAUCUGCAACAGUGGUUGCACCACUUCCUUCCCAUUAUCUUAGUACAUCUUUUUAAUUACUCUAUUGUGAAUUCUUUAAUACAUUUGUAUAUAUCAUAUUUUUAUUUUUCAGCCCAUGAGUUAUUCAUCAUCAUCACCAGGAGCUUAUGGAGUAAGUAAAAUAUUUAAAUUUUAUUUUUAUUUUUAUUAAUUAUUAUACUCGCAGCUUACAUAUAUACAUAAAAGUAAAUUAAAAAAAAAACGAUUCAUUGAAAUUUGAAAUGUAUGGAGUAUCAACUUUUUUUUAUAAUUACAUGAUUGUGAAUAAAGUAUAUUGGUAGAUUUAGGUUCUUAAAUAAAAUCUUAUUUAGGGACCCUCAGGUUCAGGCGGCCCUCCUGGACCAGGCACACCGAUAAUGCAAAGUCCUCAAGGUAAAUUUUUUAGCUAUUUGGUAGAGUUCACUUUGUUGUAGUAUUUGAUCUUAAUUUGAGCAAUAAUGUUCAAGAUUCUUCCAACUCUGGAGGUGAAAGUAUGUACACAAUGAUGAAGCCGGUUACUGGAGGGAAUAUGCCUGGUGUAAGUUAUAUAAUAUUAAUAUUAAUAUAAUACACAAUCAUGUAGUAAUUAGCUUAUAGUUUAAAAGAAUUUUUCUUAUAAAAUAAAAUAAAUUUUAGGACUUUCCAAUGAAUAAUACUGACAACGGACCACUGGGACCCAUGGGUCCUAAUACAAUGAGCUCGGUUUUGAAUGGUGAUGGACUGGAUGGUAUGAAAAAUUCACCUACACCUGGUGGGCCUGGUACUCCGAGAGAAGAUAGUGGUAGCGGCAUGGGCGAUUAUAAUUUAGCAGGAUUUGGAGGAGCGGGAGAAAAUGUAAUUGGCCUGGAUCUAUAUUAAUUUAGUGAUGUUGAAGACAAUAAAUUAACUACACACUGAUGGAGGUGUAAUGACAUUGUGGUGAUUAAAGUAAAGGCGAUUUAUGAUUACGAUAUAGAAAGCAAAUUUUAGUUAAAAAAUGAAAAAAAAAAUGUAAUCAAGUAUUAUUUCUCACCAUAUUUCAUCUCGCCUUUAUCAGAAUGUAUUCAUAUUUUUUGGUCUGAUUUUUAAAAAAAUAGAUAUUUCAUAUUAGUUAUCUUAAGUAAGUGUUUAAUAAAAAUAAAAAUAAAUAUAUCUGUAAAUUAAUAACUUUGUAGACUCCCAAAAAAAUAUUAAAGACAUGAAAAAGUAACUUAAAAAAUUUAAACAAAAUACAGUAUGUUAUCAUAUAUGUUAAUUCAUAUUGUUUGUUUGCCUCUACAUUAAAAACUGGUGUUCUAAGAGUUCAUACAUAUUACAAAAAUGUAUCUAUUUACAUAUUUUAUGGUCUAUGGAAAUGUCUUUUGACUUUGUUUUAUUCUAUUUGCAAACUUCAAUGUAUAUUUGGUAUUUUUUUUUCUAUUUACACUAAAUCAGUAUAAUUAAAAAUAAAACAAACAAAAUAACACUUAUAACAAUUUUAAGUAUUUAAAUUAAUUAAUACAUUUUAUUUUAUCACCAACAAGUUACUAUUUAUAAUAAGCACUACACUUUUGAAUGAUGGUUAUUUCAAACUUUUGAAUUGUUAAAAAUAAAAAUACUAAGUUGUCAGCAUUGAUUAAUUAAAUUUGUAUUGCUAUGAUUACUACUUUUGUUAUUUUAUCUGUUUUAAAUUUUAAAAAUUCCAGUUCUCCAAUUUCUUUCAAAAAUAAAUUUAAUUCAAAGAAUUAUGGUUUUAUUCAUUAUUUUAUGUUUUCUCAAGAAAAUUGUGGAGGAAUUCAACUGUGUAUCCUUAAUUCUUUAUGAAAAAAUUAUAAAAUAAUUCAAAAACCUUUGAAACAAACAUCAGUCCUUAGAAUAUAGCAGCGUUGAUAACGGCUUUAUAAACUUUAUAUCUAAUGUCUUCAAUUUAAUUGAUGUGAUGAUUCAGAAAAUAUAAAUAUUUUUAUACCUGAGUAAUAGUUAAAUAUAAAUAAAAUCAUUGAGUUUAAUCAUUAGGAAUAUUAGAUUUCUGAUGAAGUUAAAAUAGCAAGAUUCCUACCAAAUUAUUAGUAUUAUAUUAUUCAGAUAUGGUACUAGUGUUUGUGUCAGAGUCGUUCUCAAUGUUGUCCGUUGACACUCCAAUAAGGGUAUAAUUAUAUAUAUCUUCACAUAUACCUAACUUUUAUUUUAAUGCGAUAUUUAGGAUCAGAACGAAUCCGCUGCAAUACUGAAAAUAAAAGAAAGUAUGCAAGAGGAAGCCAAACGUUUUGAAAAGGAUUCUGACCAACCGGAUUAUUACAUCCAAUAGUCCGAAAUGGGAUGAUGGCUUGAAAUUUAAAUAUUAUAUAGUUUUGAACUCUUGCAGUAUAUUACACAGUGCAAUACAUUUACAUAAUUUACAUGUUCAUUCAUGAGAAACAAUUUUUGAGAUAGAUUUGAUAGUUCAUAACCAAUAAUUAUUUAUUUACACAAGUAUAUAUAUAUUUAUAUAUAUAAUUAUGUUUUAUCAGUUAUAAAUGUGUUAUUAUUCAAUAUAACAGGGAUAAUCUUCAAAGAUAGUAAUUAUGUAAAUAUUUUAGGUGAUUUGAUAUUAAAUCAAAAAUAAUGUAAUUAUCACAUGUCACUUCAUUUUUAUAGAGAACUAAGCUGUUUUCUUUUCUGCACCCCUAUCUAUUGUGGUUAUUACUUAUAGUAGUUAUUACUUUAUAGUACUAAACAUUAUUUUUUUUCAAGAGAGAGCACCAAAUUUUAUGGAAAUGUUCUUUGUGUUUUUUUGGGAUUUCUACUGUUUGAAAAAAAAAAAAAUCUUUGUUUAGCAAAAAUAUAUAACUGUUCAAUAUUACAUUAUUACUAUUAAUCUACUUUGUUAUGAGAUUUUUUUUCCUAUAGAAUUUGUAUUUUAAUGAAUUCAAUUAAUAUUUAUAUGUACUAUCCCUAUUUUUAUAGAUCCACAUGGUAAGCCCAUCUGCUAUCUUGAAAUAUACUUAUUUUAAUUCACAAGAGUAAUACAAAUUUACAAUGAUAAUUAUCCAAAACAGUCACUAAUCAAAAUAAUUUAAUUUAUGUCAAUAUAUUCAAAAUUAUCUUAAAUUUGUUUUAAAUAUAUUUCAUGCAUUUGAUUUUUAUUUUAUUUUUAAGCCAAAUUGUUUGUUCACAUUCUCUAAGGGAACAAUUUGUUAGAAUGAAAACUUUCAAGUGCAUAAUUUAUUUCUUUAAUGAUAAAUUGAGUCAUGUUAUUUUUAAUUUAGUGUUAAAGUACAGUCAUAACAAAAUUGUGUAAGUAAUAAAUAUUUAUUUAAUCUGUGAAUUAUUAAAACUGAGUGCAUGCAUAUUAUAUAAUAUUUCUAUAAUUUAAUCUAUUAAUGAAAAUUUAAAAUAAAAAACUUGAGGGAUAAUGGUUUCACUGUGUUGAUGGCGUCUAUAUCAUUUUUAUGUGCUCUAUCUUGAUCAUAUUUGAAGAAAGAAAGAAAAAAAUUUUAACUGAUGUCUACUCAACUUUAUAAAUAAUAUAAUAUAACCUUCCCUAUAUUUCAUGUAUAUGCAUCAUUCUAGAAUAUUGUACUAAAAUCAUACUAGUAAAAUUAAUAAUGCUGUAAGUUUACUAUUUUAUUUUGUUGUCGCAUGCCUUAUAAAAACAGGUGAUGGGUUGACCUAGUAGGCACCUAACUGUAAAUAUUAUAAUUAUAAUUUAUAUGCCAAAGCAUCUACCUAUACAUAUUAUUACAUAAUACUAUAAUAACAGGUGAUUGAAAUGAUCCAAGUAAACAAUUGAAUUAUUUGGCACAUGUUCACCAUAAACUUUCGAUCAAUUUUGUUUUAUUUUUCUUCUCUUUUAAAAAUUAAAUAAUUUUAACAUCUCUAAGAACAUAUUAUUAUUUUUUUACAAUAAAAUUUAAAAAAAUAUUAUUCCACAAUUAUUUACAAAUGUGUUUAAUUUUAUUCAUUGUUCUACUGGUGGAAAGGUAUGUUAUUAAAUAAGGCACAUUUAUUUUUAAGUAUAGUUUAUUUAUUACAUUAUAUAAUAUUAUAUAUAUAUAUAUAUAUAUAUUUUUUUUUUUUAAAUCAAAAUGUUAUUCAAUUUUGUAUUUAUUAAAUUGAAUUUGUUUUUCUUCAAAAUUACAUUCCCCUAAGAUUUAAUUGAAUAUAAUAAAUGUUUCAAAAUAGAUUUUAUUUAAGAAUAUUAAAUAAUGUAUGUGAAAUUCAUUACAUUUAUUUAUACUUGUUUUAUUAUUAUUAUUUUUAUUUGCAUAUUUCAUGGUUAUUUGUUUUAUCUGUGGUAUCUAUAUUAAAUUUAAUAGUUACCGAAAUGUUUAAUAGUAUUUUUGAGGAUAAUACAUACCCAUAAAAUAAUAAUUUAUUAUUAUUUUCCCUUCAUCAAAUCUCAAUUUUAAUUAUUAUUCUAAACAAAAUGUGACACACAGGCUAUCCCCAUUUUCUUGUUAUAUUCUAAUUAAUUAUUAUUAAAAAAAAAAAAAUACUAUUAAACAGUUUUUUUUCUAUGAUUAUUUAUGACUACUAUACUUACCUAUUAUAGUAUUUUAUAUGUUUUUCAUGAGUUGUAUACCUUUUCUCCUCCCCUCUCAUAUAUUAUAUAUUAUUGUAAAAUUAUUUUGUAACAAAAAAAUUGGUUGUUGUUAAUAUUAUGAUUAUUGGGAGUAUGUCAAACGUCUCGGUACAAUAUACUCCUGUUCAAUAUACAAUAUUCAUAUUUAAAAUUUUUUUUUUUACACUUUUAAAACUAUUAUUUAGAUAAUAUGUUAAUUCACGUACAGUACUUAUCAUAUUAAGUUUAUAAUAUAACUGGUGUAUGAUAUUUUUAAUAGAUCCUGGCUAGACUUGCUGGAUUAUUUCCUAUAGUAUAUUUAUGAUUAUUAAAAUAAAAAAAUAAUUAGUUUUAUUAUAAUUAUGUAUUAUAGUUCAAUAUUGUUCACAUUAGUUAUUUUUUUUAAUUCUCUUCAAAAGUGUAUAUAGUAAUUAUUACUAUGGGAUUAAUAGGUUCCUUAGAAAAAUGCCAAGGGGAUUUCUUUGUGUCCGAGACGAUUGUAGAAAACAUUUCUUUUUUCAUAUUAAAAUAUUUGCAGUUAUUUUUAAACAUUUUUUUAACCAGUAUUAUGGUUGUUUUACUUUGACUUGUGUUCAGAAAAAAAUUAAGUAGGUAUAUAUUUAUAUAUAUAUAAAAUAUUGAUAUUAUAUUUAUGUAUGAUUUGUUUUUUGUUUUAUUCAAUUUGUCAUACCUACAACAUACUCUAUAUUAUGUAUCACAUUUAUUUUAUAUAUUAUUAUUAUUAUUCUAUGUACCCAAAUAUGUGUAUGUAUUAUGUAUAAUAUUAUAUUAUUAUGAUAUCGGUG